CGGGAGGUGGUGCUCGCCUCCCCGCGCGGGGCCGUGCGUUGCCCGGCAGCGGCUGCGAGGCUCGGGAGGGGGCGGAGCGGCGCGGCCGGCGUGCAAGCGGCCCCUGUCCGCCGAUCCGGCCCGGCCCGGCCCGCCCCCGCCUCGCCGGCCUCGCUGCGCGCCGGUGCGCGGCGUCCAGUCCCCGCCGCAGCGGCCGCCCGCGUCCCGGGCCCGAGCGCGCCCAAGCCGCGGGGCCGGUGUGCCGGGGAGCCGACGCGUGGCCAUGGAGUGCGAGCCCCGCGCCAAGGUUGCGCUGGUGCCGGGGCGGAGCGGCCGCGGGCCUUCCUCCCGCCACCGCCGCCCGGGGCUGCUGCUCCCCGGCCUCUGGCUGCUGCUGCUCGCCCGGCCGGCCUCGUGUGCCCCAGAUGAGCUCUCCCUGGAACAGCACACCCCUUCUUUACCUCACGAGGAGUUCCUUCCCGAGACGAGCGUCGUGCAUGUGGCCUUACCAGAGACUGCAGGGUCCCAGCCAAGCAUCUCUGUCCUUGUCCUGCCCUCCCCAUCUGCCGAUGCCUUUGAUGCAGCAUCCUCUGUAGACCUCAGACAACAGACUCCAAGUGCGACGGAGCAUGGCAUCUUUGAGGCACAUUAUGGGUCUGUGACGAGUAACGAGGUGGCCAUCGACGACGAUGAGAUGGAUAACUUUCUGCCAGACGUUCACUGGACCUCUUCACAGGUGGCUUCCCCAGUGCAGUCCGUCACGCUGAGCCCACUAGAGCCUCCCCAGGAAAUGCCGGAGCCUGGGAUGACUCCAUCGCUGCCCACCCUGCAGGACGAAGUGCUGUCUGGAUGUCAGAACACAGCUCGACAGGCGACUGUGCACGUCGAGUCCUCCAGUGGUUUCAGCUCUGCCUGGUCGGCUUUCCUCACGUCUGAGGGCAUCGUUCCAACUCCUAGUAGGAGUUUGGUGCUUCAUCCUACAGAGGCUCACAGCCAGUUAUCAAGCAAAGCUUUGCCAGAGAUUGCAGCUUCUGUAACAGAGAGCCCAGAAAACCUCCUUUUCAGCUCCUGGAUCUCCGUGUCUCAGCCGUCAGGCGAUGGCAUGACUCAACAGCCAUCUCUUCCCCUGUGGGAGGUCUCAGGACCUCUAAUGGCUGUCCUGGCCACAAGCGCGGACAGCUACCCUAAUGGGACCAUUGCUUGGCGUGAACAUGUAGAAGAAGCCAUCUCUCUAAGAACACAGCCCAGUGUAGCCAUGUCUCCCGAAGACCCUGUUUUCAUCAGCCCACCUGAGUUACUUUCAGCCCCUCUGUCAUCUGGGUCUUUUGCUGUCCAGUCAGCUGGCAUUUCAGAUAACCCCUUCCUCUCUAGCAAGGCUGGGGGAGCCUUAGAAUCUCUGCACCACUCCACAACCCCCAGUCUUUCUGACCAUUCCCAUGUCCUCAACCCUGAGGAGUCCCUGAGACCACGCACGUGGUGUGGGUCCUGUGUUGUCUCGGCACCUCAGCAAGCUCUGGCCAGGAGCCUCACAGAGAAGGACGUGGAACCGGGGGACAGGCUUGAGACUCUGUCUGCGUCCUCGUUAGAAUCAAGCCGUCUCUUUCCAUCGAGAAGCUUGGGCACAGACCUCUCUGAGCUGGAAGAUCUUCAAGAAUUUAAUACCGUUUUCCCUUCCAGACCUGUCGUGUCCCUUUCUUCCAGAUCUGUGGGGUUGUGGGAAGUCAGCACGGAUACGUCGCCUGAGGUGGAUAUGAGCGGCAUUGCCACUACCCAGGGGUACGCUUCCCGUGGCCACCUCUCCACACCGAGCUCACUCGACGCCUCUUUUGGGACCUCUGUGGUCAGUGAUCUAGUGAGGCCGUCCAGUGCGACCCAUCCGCCAUCCUCAGUCAUCCCCGGCGUCCAUUUUGACUCAUCCUUCUCUUUGACAGCAGAUCAAACCACGCCAUCCCUUCCAGCUGGAAACCCAAGCCUUCUCCCCGAGUACAGUUUGGUCUCCUCAGCAGAGCCUGAGCUCCUUGCUGACCAAGGAGGUACCAGCUUUCCGCAGCCCGAGUCCGGGAGUCUUUUGGAUCCCACCUCCAGCUUUUACUCAGCCGCAGCCCGGGACUUCAGCACUCCGUCUCCUUCGGGGUCAGGUGUUGUUGCUUUUCCAGAGUCUCUGAUGUCAAGCGCUCCAUCAGCCUUCCCUUCUCAGCCUUUCCCCGCCUUGGCUGAGACGUUUUCCCUGUCCAACUCUACCGGUUUGCAGUCACCCCAGCUGUGUGUUCUCGAUCCCACAAGUCUAGAGCCAUCUCAGCCUUGGUCAAGUUCAGACCUUGCUUCUCACCCCGAAAUGCCCCCCCUCCCAAGCGCCCCCCCUGACUCUCGCAAGUUCGACGAAGCGCGGAGAGUUUCUCUGAUAGAGUCCGAUGCUCAUGUCACCUCAGCUUUCUCUGAAGCUACCUCUGUCUUUGAAUUUUCACUCAUUGCCCAUGAAUCCUCAGUCAGCACACUGGUGCCCUCCGGCUCCGAGACCUCCCUUGGCAUCUCAGCUGCUGGGACUCACUUCCCAUCCCUGACAGCUGCUUUCCAUUUGACACCCAUUUUAACCGAGUCCUCUCCAUUCUUGACUCUGACGCCUCCCGAUGGCAGUGCCAGUCUGACAGACCAUCACAUACCUGACUCACUCAUGCCCUCCAGGGUCAUUCCGGCCAGCACAGAGUCAAUCCCUGGCUUAUACCUCUCAGCCUCCCCAACACUUGCUUCUGAAGUAAGCCCUUCACUUAUGCCCACAAGGCCAGUCAUGGGCUCAUCAUUGACACCCACAGAUUUACCGCCCAGUACCUCCCCGGAACCCAGCAUGCCCGACAUCAGCACUGCCCCUGGCGAUACUGUGGACUCUGCUCUGAACGGCGAGCCUAUGAGUCAGAACCCUCAGGGGAACAGUGUGCCCCAUCCCCAGCCCUCCCUCGGCCCCGUGACCACCUCCACGUUUGAAGCCACAGUCGGCACACCAGCACUGGCCACAGCCAAGCCUCCAUAUGUGUGUGACAUAACAGUCCCCGAUGCCUAUUUGAUCACAACUGUGCUGGCCAGGAGAGCUGUGCAGGAGUACAUCAUUACAUCGAUCAAAGAAGUUCUGAGGAUUCACUUCAACCGUGCGGUGGAGCUGAAGGUGUAUGAACUGUUCACAGACUUCACUUUUCUGGUAACGUCUGGUCCUUUUAUUUACACGGCGAUAUCAGUCAUUAAUGUCCUCAUCAAUAGCAAGCUUGUGCGUGACCAGACUCCUUUAAUAUUGUCUGUGAAGCCAUCUUUCCUCGUGCCAGAGCCCAGGUUCCAAGUUCAAACAGUGAUUCAAUUUGUGCCUGCAAGUGUGGACACCGGCUUCUGCAACUUCACCCAGAGCAUUGAGAAGGGCCUGAUGACAGCUCUCUUGGAAGCGAGGAAACACCAGGGACCGUAUAACCUCACAGUACAGAUUGUGAAUGUCACCAUUGGGUCUACAAGGGAGACUCCUCGGAGGGGCCCGGUGAAUAUUGUCUUCGCUGUUAAAGGUGCACACGGCUUUCUGAAUGGCUCCGAGGUGAGCGAUCUGCUCAGGAACCUGACAGUGGUGGAGUUCAGCUUUUACCUGGGGUACCCGGUGCUGCAGAUCGCAGAGCCCUUCCAGUACCCACAGCUCAACUUAUCCCAGUUACUGAAGUCCUCUUGGGUCAGAACAGUCCUCCUGGGUGUAGUGGAGAGGCAGCUCCAUGAUGACGUGUUUCCGGCAGAGAUGGAGCGCAAACUGGCCCAGCUGCUCAGUGAGGUGCCCACCAGGAGAAGAGUAUGGCGGAGGGCUACAGUGACCGCUGGGGACAGUGUGGUGCAGGUGGUGAACGUGUCCAGGCUGGAGGGAGACGACAAUCCCGUACAGCUCAUCUACUUUGUAGAGAAUCAAGAUGGAGAGAGACUCAGUGCAGCCGAGUCUUCAGAUCUGAUCAACAAGGUAGACCUCCAGAAAGCAGCCAUCAUCUUGGGGUACCGGAUUCAAGGCGCCAUUGCCCAGCCUGUGGACAGGGUGAAGAGAACAUCCCCGGAGUCACAGAGCAGCAGCCCAUGGGUUGUGGUCGGCGUGGUCAUCCCAGUCCUAGUGGUCACCGUGAUUGUCGUCAUCCUCUACUGGAAGCUGUGCCGCACAGACAAGCUAGAUUUCCAGCCCGACACAGUGGCUAACAUACAGCAGCGGCAGAAGCUGCAGAUCCCCAGUGUCAAAGGGUUUGAUUUUGCUAAGCAGCAUCUGGGUCAGCACAAUAAAGACGACAUACUGAUUAUCCACGAGCCGGGACCACCGCCGGGGCCUGUGAAGGACCACACCACACCCUCCGAAAAUGGGGACGUGCCGAGCCCAAAGCCAAAGAUCCCUUCUAAGAACGUCCGCCACAGAGGAAGAGUUUCUCCCUCCGAUGCGGACUCUACAGUCAGCGAGGAGUCCAGCGAGAGGGAUGCGGCGGGAGACAAGGCACCAGCCACUGCCCAUGAGGAGAAGGCCCACAGAGCUCCGCAGAGUGGUGGCCCCCUGCCCAGUUCAGGCAAGGAGCAGCAUUCCUCGGCCUCCAUCUUUGAGCAUGUUGACAGGAUUUCCCGAACCUCAGAGGCCAGCCGGAGGGUCCCCAGUAAGAUCCAGCUUAUUGCCAUGCAGCCCAUCCCAGCUCCCCCAGGGCAACGCCCCGUUGUGGCUGACCGAGUGGCAGAAACCAACAAAAUCAACAAGGAGAUCCAAUCGGCGUUGCGCCACAAAUCUGAGAUCGAGCAUCACCGCAACAAGAUCCGCCUGCGUGCCAAGCGCCGAGGCCACUACGAGUUCCCGGUGGUGGAUGACCUGUCCUCUGGUGACACCAAGGAGCGACAUCGGGUUUACCGCAGGGCACAAAUGCAGAUUGACAAGAUCCUGGACCCCGCAGCCAGUGUGCCCUCUGUGUUCAUAGAGCCCAGGAAGAGCUCCCGGAUAAAACGUUCUCCUAAGCCACGCCGGAAACACCAGGUCAACGGCUGUCCCACUGAUGCUGAGAAGGACAGACUCAUCACUACAGACAGUGAUGGCACAUACAAGCGGCCCCCGGGCGUGCACAACUCUGCCUACAUUGGAUGCCCUUCUGACCCUGACCUCCCGGCCGACGUGCAGACACCGUCCUCUGCUGAGCUGAGCAGGUACCCAGGCUUGCCCUUCCCGGCCUCUCAGUACGUCCCACCCCAGCCGUCCAUCGAGGAGGCACGCCAGACCAUGCACUCCCUCCUGGAUGACGCCUUCGCCCUCGUGGCUCCCAGCAGCCAGCCUACCAAUGCCCUGGGAGCAGGCCCAGGGGUGCCGGCCAGCCUGCCUGUGAAUAUUACCCCUUCCAGGGAAGAAAGGAGAGCCAUGCAAUGGGGCUCUUUCUAUAGCCCAGCCCAGACAGCCAACAACCCGUGCAGCAGAUAUGAAGACUAUGGAAUGAACCCCCCAUCAGGCCAGUUACCAAGACCUAGCUUCGGCCCAGGGCUGCUGCCAUCUUCAGAGUUGGUCCCCCCUGAGCCCUCACAGCCAUCAGCUGAAGCUCCAUUUGCUGCUGCCCGAGGGAUCUACUCUGAAGAGAUGCCAUCCGUGGCCCGGCCUCGGCCUGUUGGGGGUACCACAGGCUCACAGAUCCAGCACCUGACACAGGUGGGCAUCGCGAGCAGAAUCGGGGCCCAGCCGGUGGAAAUCCCUCCCAGCAGAGGCAGCCAGUACGGGGGACCAGGCUGGCCUGUGUAUGGGGAGGAGGAGACGGGGCGGAGAGAAGCCACACACGUGCUUGGACAUCAAGAGUAUUCUUCACCGCUGUUUCAGGUGCCAAGGACUUCGGGCAGGGAGCCGUCAGCUCCUCCUGGGAACCUCACCCACCGAGGGCUGCAGGGCCCCGGGCUGGGUUACCCCACCAGCUCCACAGAGGACCUCCAGCCCGGCCACUCCUCCGCCUCCCUCAUCAAAGCGAUCCGCGAGGAGCUCCUGCGGCUCUCCCAGAAACAGGGCUCAGUACAGAACUUCCACAGUUGAUCAGCCUCCCUUGCAGGUUUGCCAAGUAUCUGCUUCCUGUGGAAGCAAGACCGAGAAAAUCAACCGAGUGGGUGUUUGCAAGCGUCGGAAGCAGCGUCUCCGGGCAAGCCGCCCGGGGAAGGGGACAAGUUGCAAUCUUAGAAGAUGCCAUAAAGUCACAUGGACAACUCAUGGUUCUUUCACAGGGUUGGCAGUUUGGUGACCACUUGGGUUUAGUCAAGAUGUGUGUACUUUGGGCCAAAAGCCAGCACUACACACACACACACACACACACACACACACACACACACACACACACACACACGACCAAAACACAGACCUAAGCUAACAAAAAUGCUCCUCUUUCAAAGGCAAAAGAUUAAAACGUGUAGGUGGUUAGGGACGGAGGGGGCAGCGUCUCUGUGGGAGUCUGGCCGGCAAGUACAACUUAUCAGCUGCUCUGUUUCCUGAGAAGAGAGAUUUCAAGGCAUUUUAGUAACAGCUUGGUCCCUCUUGUCCUCUGUAGGAACUUAGUUCAGUAGUAAUAUUAACAACAAGAUGUGCUAAGACUGCUUGGUAAUCUAAAAAAAGCUACCAACAGGUUGUGGAGCCUGGUGAUUCCAAACAAAGCCAUCGCCUGCGUUCUUUCUCCUGGUGCUACAGCUCCGAGGGUCCUUCACCUUUCUGUCUGUGAAAUACAGCCGUGGCUUCUGCAGU